AUGGAAAGCAACCAGUCUGAAGUUAUUUUUUCCGAAAAAGCGCCAGUUCAGCCGCUUAAGAAGUUGGUCGGUCCUAUCAUAGAUGGCUUAAUAGAGCAAGUGGAUAUACUACGACGUCUAUCAAUUGGUUCACCUUCGGAAAUGAAAGAACGACGACUAAGAUCAUCUGUACGAAGAGAGCAGUACUAUGGUUCAGUUGAAUUAGUGGUUUCCGUUGAUCCACGGGGUCGUAUUCGUAAUAUCGGACGCUUUCGGCUUGAGCCAUCAUCUGAUUUUCAACCGGAUGCUCCCAUGCCUACAUCAUCUUCCUCCAUCGUUGUGGAGAACCCUCAAGAAGAGAUGAGAUGGUAUUGGAAAUACUUCCUGGGAAAUGAACAUCAAAACUUCUCCGGAAUCGAUCCAACAACGAAAUCUCCGUUUUUUCUUUCCAUCAUGGUGGAAGAAGAAAUUGACGAUAACAAAUUGUGUAGAGCUAUACUCUGGACACAGAAGGGUCCAAGACGUUUGUGUGUGCCUGUAUCGCAUGGAGGAAAAGCUUUAACGGCAAAGGCCAUAUUACAACGUUUUCCUGAGAUGAGUGAUUACGCGAGACAAUUGAAAGAAGUCACCAAUCCUAAAAUUCAAAAAGAGCUUGUUGUAUUGGAAGAUCAAGAAGGAUCUGUUAACUGUAAAGUUGGAGUCAUCUUUGCUCUGGAUGAUCAGAUCUCAGAUGCUCAGAUGUUCGGCAACGAACAUGGAAACAAUCAUUUCGAGAGAUUUUUGAAAAUUCUGGGUCAUCGCAUUGAGUUACAGGAUUGGGGUAACUAUCGAGGUGGCUUGGACACAACAACAAACUCGACUGGAAGAGAAUCUGUCUAUACAGCAUUUGCUGGACAUGAAAUCAUGUUCCAUGUGUCAACUAUGCUCCCUUAUAGCCGUGAAAACGAUCAGCAGAUUGAAAGGAAGCGUCACGUGGGAAAUGAUAUUGUGAACAUCGUUUUCGAAUCGACAGAUGAUCCUCAACAUCCCUCCUUCAGUCCAACUAUGAUGAAAAGUCAUUUCACACAUGUAUUUGCUGUUAUCACUUAUGAAGCUCCAACUCAUCUAUGGAGACUAUGGGUAUAUAGCGAAGAGAGUGUUCCACCGUUCGGCCCUUCUAUACCAAAUCCAAAUGUAUUUUCUGAUACGGCUGUUUUCAGAGAAUUUUUGCUAACUAAACUUAUAAAUGCUGAGAAAGCAGCUUUCAAUGCAAAAGUUUUUGUGGAAAAACGACAUCGAACUAACGAUACUCUACUUAAAGAUAUGUACAUGGAAUAUAUGAAGGAUUGUCAGAAAGGAAUAAACAAGAUGACGGACACAGUCAUUAGACAUCUACGAUCUCCUAUCAGAAGAGAAGCUCCAAGAGAAACUGUUGAUUUCUGUAAACUAGGAGAACUUAUUAAGCUUGAAAAGAUGCUGAGUGGAGAUGUUUCUGACUCUGUCAAGAUGACCAGCAUCUGUAGAAAACAGCCAUGGGAGAAGGAGAUAAUGAUUCGAAACAUUCCGUCUUAUGAUAUCUUAGCUUCUGAUAUCUGGAAGGGCGUCGGUCUUCUGAUAUCAUCCGAAGAGCAAGGUGUCGUAUUCGUUAGUGAAGAUAGAGCGAUUCCUUUGUUCGACAAAGAUGUCAGAAUAUACCAGAUGUCCGUUCUGGAUCAUUUCGGAUUAUUCAUUGCUCGGAUGGAUAAAGGAAAAGAUUCUUCGUUAAUCGUGUUGGCUCUACCAGAGCUUCGAAAUGCUCUUCAAACAGGAAAUACAAUUAAAAGAAAAAUAUGUCAAAUGGCUAAAAUACCUGGAACUAAAGGAUGUCAUUUCUUUGCUCCAAGCGAUGAAUCCAGUUUACGACUCAAUAUAGUUGCUUGCGUUGGGAAGAAGCUACUUCUCCUUCGAUGGACAAUCGGACCAAUCGUUCGCUAUUCAGGAGUAUUUUUAAUUAAUAACUUCACAAUGCUAACAUCACAUCAAUUACCUGAAGAACCUGUUAACAUUUGUGUUUAUGAGAAGGGAUCAUAUCAUCGUGUAGUUAAAGUUAUCGCUUUAGCAAAAAAUCAUAUUUAUAUUGUUAAUUUAACCGAGGGAACGGAGGAUAUGAUCACUUGUGAUCUUCCAAAAACAGAAAAGAGCCAUAUAAGGACAGCAUCAGAUGGAGACAGUGAUGAGUUCAUCUUGUUGCAACAAAAUCAAACAUUACAUUACGAUCAACAAGAUGGAGAAUGGGUCCCUGAGAAGACAUUCUGGUCAACUAGCUUGAACAACUUCUGUUUCCGAUUUCCGUUCAUCAUUGGCUUUGGUGAAGAUUUGAUUGAAAUUCGGUUAGCAGUCAAUGGAAACCUUUUGGCAUCAAUGUACAUGCCGAGUGUUCGGUUAUUGUCUGAUAAAAAUGAUAUUGUUUUCUCAGUGGAAAGACCAUUCUCGUCUGCUUUACCCACCAAUAGAGGAUCAUUAAUUCGCAAAAAGGAUUGUGAAAAUAAAAGCAGAUGGGAUGUAUACAGAUUCAAACAUCAAGAAUUAGUCUCAGUUGCCAAAGACCGAGAUGGUAGCAGACCUGGGGGACAAACUCCUAAUAUAAUCCGAAAAGAACCAGCCGGUCAACUUAUUAGUGAUAGUGAAUCACCGACAUAUCUCGAUUCAAAUGAUAACACAGGUUUCGGAUCGGAGUCCAGUGUAGAAGCUAACCCCGAAUCAGGGUUCAUCUCUAGAGAUGUUAGUAAUAAGUCUUCUGACGAGUUUGAACAAGAAGAAUAUCAUCUUUGA